AUGGCCACGAUUCGAUUGGUACCAAGAAGUAUUCCACUUGAUGUCGUGGGAAGAGUCGGAAGCAGCCGUUGCGAGAGAUGGAAGGGCAAGAGUGCCAGAGUCGAUUUGGAGAUGAGCCACCCCAAACCCCACACCUCCAUUGAUGAACAUUCACUCGACUUUGGUGGAACGGCUGAAAGUUUUGGCAGCGUCGAAGACCCACCACCAGGACCUAAGGCUUCUAAAACUAUGUCACUACACGUCGCGGGUCAUUUGCAAAUGUUAAUGUUAUUGACCAUCCGCCUAGCAUAA